AUGGCAAUGGCUCUCAGGCCAAAGGCAGAUGUGUGGCUGGCAAGACCUUGGCAGUGUCUUCUCAGGACGAGGGCACUGGGCACAACAGCAGCACUGACUCCCAACACACUGCGGCCCUUUGAAGCCAUACCACAGUACUCCAGAAACAGGUGGCUGAAGAUGAUACAGAUCCUGAGGGAGCAGGGCCAGGAGAACCUGCACCUGGAGAUGCAUCAGGCCUUCCAGGAACUGGGGCCCAUUUUCAGGUACAGCAUAGGAAGCACACAGAUUGUGUCUGUGAUGUUGCCCGAGGAUGCUGAGAAGCUGCACCAGGUGGAGAGUAUGCACCCUCGUCGGAUGCACUUAGAGCCCUGGGUAGCCCACAGAGAACACCGUGGCCUGAGACGUGGAGUGUUCUUGCUAAAUGGGCCUGAAUGGCGCUUAAACCGACUGAGGCUCAACCCAUAUGUGCUGUCACCAAAGGCUGUUCAGAAGUUUGUCCCCAUGGUGGACAUGGUAGCACAGGACUUCCUGGAGGCCCUGAAGAAGAAGGUGUUUCAGAAUGCUCGUGGGAGCCUCACCAUGGAUGUGCAGCAAAGCCUUUUCAACUACAGUAUAGAAGCAAGCAACUUUGCUCUUUUUGGGGAGCGACUGGGCCUCCUUGGCCAUGACCUGAGUCCUGACAGCCUGAAGUUCAUCCAUGCCUUGCAUUCCGUGUUCAAGACCACCCCACAGCUCAUGUUCUUGCCCAGGAGCUUGACUCGCUGGACAAGCACCCGGGUGUGGAAAGAACAUUUUGAGGCCUGGGAUGUCAUCUCUGAGUAUGCCAACAGAUGUAUCCGGAAGGUGCACCAGGAGCUCAGACUUGGCAAUCCUCAUUCCUACAGUGGCAUCGUGGCAGAACUAAUAUCCCAGGGAGCUUUGCCUCUCGACGCCAUCAAAGCCAACUCUAUUGAGCUCACCGCUGGGAGUGUAGACACGACAACCUUCCCUCUGGUAAUGACCCUCUUUGAGCUGGCUCGAAACCCAGAUGUUCAGCAGGCACUUCGGCAAGAGAGCCUGGCAGCUGAGGCCAGCAUUGCAGCAAAUCCUCAGAGAGCUCUAACAGAUCUGCCCCUGUUGCGGGCUACCUUAAAAGAGACCUUGAGGCUCUAUCCUGUUGGUGGCUUUUUGGAGAGAAUUCUAAGCUCUGACUUAAUGCUUCAGAACUACCAUGUUCCUGCUGGGACAUUAGUCCUACUUUAUCUCUACUCCAUGGGCCGAAACCCUGCAGUAUUUCCAAGGCCAGAGCGCUACACGCCCCAGCGCUGGCUGGAGAGGAAAAGGAGUUUCCAGCACCUGGCCUUCGGCUUUGGGCUACGCCAGUGCCUGGGGAAGCGCUUGGCACAGGUGGAGAUGCUUCUCCUGCUGCACCAUGUGAGCAGCUCUGGAAGAGAGCAGUGGGAUAGGGUGUGGACUGGAUGGGUAGAGGUGGGCAACUAAGACAGACCUGCAGAGUUUAUGUCAGCCUGGGGUGUCCUGCUCACCAGAACAGGCACCCAGAGAUGGAAGGGCCUCAAAAAUAAAGUGC